AUGAGUAGCCCUCAUCAGACUCAGGAUCUUUCGUCCAAUGUUCCCCCAGUAGUCAUGGGUACGACUAAGGGUUGUGCUUUGAUCUUAGAGGUGAAGCGUGCCGAAAAAUUACAAGCUUUGAAGCACGGAAAUGAUCAAACCUGGGCCUAUAUCGAUAUAGAUAGUCGCUAUCAAAUGAUAGCCACUGGUGACGGAAAUCGCAAACAGCACACAAGGAUCAUACUGUGGAUUGAGGAGGAUAAGAAGGACGUCUCGUUUCAAUUUCCCAAGCUCUGGUAUAUCAUGCCAAAACUAUUUGUAUCUGUCCUCAGAAUUGGGCAGGUAGUCCUUCCCGUGAUGGGAUUAAUCUUCGCUUUAUCAUUGUGGUCAUCGCCUUUGUGGUCAGAAGCCACAUUGGAGAAGUUUUCAGCGUACUUCUUCAAAUCAUCUCCUCCUGUGGCACCGUUCCCUUCCCCAUCUCCUGUGAUAGCUGCUGCUGCAUCAUCACCUUUCUUGACAAAAGUCACCAAACUGUUCGAUGCCUUGGGAGAGUUACUGGUAGAAGGGUCAACGACAGGUCUCUACUUUGGAAUGGAUCGUGCAAUAACAAAAAUCAAAAAGUUCCCAUCCACUCUUUCGAGCCGCCACAAGCACCAACAAUACAUCAAUUCAUUGUCGAUCAAAGGCAAUACUAUGUAUGCGGCAUACGAUCAAAGCUCUCCCAACAAUAACGAAUCUUUGAUAACAUACGGCGUGAAGGAGAGAUUCAAGGGCGAGAUCGCCAUAUUCUUCUACUCUGUCUAUGAGCCAGAGAGGUUCUUAGAGUACGUGCCUAAGUACGGGAAUGCGAACGAGAGGGAUGAAGCAAUCAAACGAGUCCUCACUGUGUUCUCGAGAAACGUUGGAAGUCACAUUGAAAAGGGAACUCGUCUGAAGCACAUCACUAGGGGUUAG